AACAAAGCUCAUAUUAUUUACUUAUUGGAGAAAUAUCAGACCUUGGUUUUAGUGGGUGAAACAGGCUGUGGUAAAAGUACACAAGUGCCUCAGGUGAGACUCGAAUGUACAAUUCUUACCUGUUAAUAAGAUUCAGUUAAUAAGAUUCAGCAGCACUCUAUAUUGUAUUCAUUAUAUUUACGUAAACAUAUAAAGUUUUAUAAAUAUAACGAUUAAUGCAAAAGUCUUAAUAUAGCAUAAUAUCUCAGUAUAGUAAUAUGCGAACUUAUCUACGUUACAAUUACUCGUCAAGAUAAAAGUAAACAAACAAUGAAUCUCCUAUUUUAACUGUAAAACUGAAACGUCUUCCAGUUAUUUAUUUCUUCAAAAAUUGUAAAUUGUUUAAAAAUCGAAUCUUAAUCGAAUCUCAUAUCUUUCUAUACUAGAUAUUCAAUAUUAUAUCUACUAUGCUUUAUACCUAUGCAUCAUGCUAAUUGCACUCGAAUGUAAUGUAUACACUGAAAAUUUUGUAUCUGUGUAAACAACUCUGUUACAAAUGUUGGGAAUUACUCAACGUCAAGAUGAUCUAUACAUAUACAAAAAGUAUACAUAAUACAUCAAGAAGCAUCAAAACCACUGUGUUGACUUCUAGCGUCGAAUAACGGUUUUUGUUUUCAUUGAUUAUUCACAGCUUGGAACCAUAGAUUCUUAUCGCUUCGCCUUACGAUUAGCGUUAAACAUGAUAAACAUUGUUACCGACAGGAUUUUUCAAUUGUACAUAUACGAACUUUGUAUCUGACAAAGCGAAAUUCAACACGCGCAGCUAUAAAUAGAUUUCUGCGUAUGAGAGUUCUGUGCAUUAGAAUUUAACUACAAACGUAAAAGAGUACGAGCGUUCGACCGUAGAAAUAUUCUUCAGGGAGUUAAAGAAAGUAAGAGAAGUGCCAAGUGAGAAAAGGCGCGUAUUCUAUCAUUCUUAUCGCGUUUGCGUUAUCUCCGGGCAACAUAUAUUAGAAUUGUUUCCUUGGGAGCGCGCAUUUUAACGCGAUUCGUGUGAACGUCCGACAAGCUCGUGAAUUCUCUCGGAUCGGAUUAAGAAUAGCUACGAAUCGAUCUCUAAUAUUACCUAUUACGGAACAGUGAAGCCUGUGAUUCGUAGAGGCAACAUUACUUCUGUCCUUGAUGUCGUGCGACCGUGUGUAUCGGCGUUUUCGCGACCUCACCACAAAAAAAAGUCGUAAACGGCAGGACACGUGCGCUGCCGAUUGCGUAGCACUUAUUAUAAGGUAGACAGAAACUAUCUGUUGCUAUCGGUUACUGAUACGCGUACUAUUAUCAGAUGAACAAAGUAAACGAGAAGUGUUAUAUAAUAAACAUUCAAUUAAAGUCUGAAAUGUAAAGUAUAUAUUAGAACAUUAUAUAACAAUGACUCGAUAAACUAUCCGAAAGAGUGGAAUUUGUGCGACAAAAGUGUGUUCGGUUUCAACGGAGAAUUGACUCUAACGUUGUAAUUUUUUAUUACAAGGACAAUACCACUUAUCAGUAUCAUCCAUUAGAUGAUCAACUAUUAGAUAAGAAGCGUAGGAAGCGCCCUUGGAAUCACUAAAACUUUAUUGUGUCAAACUUGAACUUUUGUAGUAGCUUAAACAUGUAAAAAGGACUUGAGUGCAUCUAGAGAAGAGACGAAGAGGACCGUUGAGAAGAUUAUCAUAACAAUCGGUCCAUUCUGAAGCAAUGAGCAUUUCGACGAAAUUUUGAUGACAAACACGUUGAAUUCUGCGUGAACAACUAAAAAUAAAGCAUAAUAAUCAACCGUAACAACAGAAGACAUCGGCCUUAAUUAGAUAAAUAAAAGAUAAUAAUCAGUCGGUAAAUUAAAAGUAAUUGAUUAAAUUAAGUAAAGAAAACGACAAAAUUAGGAGAAAAAGAUAUAGAGACGAAGAUAUAACUCGUAACGACUGUCAACUACCAAUCUUCCAAGAUGUUCCAUUUACCAACGUUCGCCAAUAAGAUGUGUCUAUCAAUUCUGCUGCUAUUGCUGCUGUACUUCGUAGGAAUGGACAUGUUACUUUACUUCCGCGUGCAGGAUUAUGAUGUGCGUCCACAUACGAAUGAUACGCAGGCUUCGCCGUAUCACUCGCUGAUCAAGUGCGAUCUGGAUCCGAUUUGCACGGUGACGGUGAAGGCCAUGAUGUUGGAUCAUCCUAAUCAUUACAUCUUAAGCCCCUUGGCAUCCCUGGUGGAUUAUCUGUUGGACAUCAGUCACUCCUGGACAUGGCUAACGCCGAAUAUUAUCAGCGUUUCUCACGUGGUAGUGGCUAUAAUCGGCGCCCGAUACAUCACACGGAGUUCUCUUUCUCACAGACGAGUGGGUGUCAUUCUAUUUCAAGUGAGAGCUUGGCUGGAUAACUUGGACGGUCACGUGGCCAGGACGAGGCUCAACGUCGAAGGCGAGAGAUCGGACGUCGGCUCUAUCGGAUAUCUUGUGGACGGCGCUUGUGACGGCCUUGGCUGCAUUGCUCUUGUGGUUGCAGUUUUCCUCUUCCUGAAAUGCAAUCCUAAUCGCCGCGCAGGAUACGAACGACUGCCAAGUUGGACAAUAUUGUCAUCAUCGUCGUCAUCGCCCUAUAAUACCGCUUCGUCGGGUUCGUCCUGGAAGUUGCCUCUGUAUAAUACGUUGAUGGUAGGCCUUCACUUUUUUCUGACGAGCUUUGCUUGGAACCGGUACAUAUUCGUGUAUCAGGAUCUCCUGGAGACUGACAACAGGGAUAUCCUUCCGCUCAGCCAGGAAGAUCUCUACAACAGACAGACCAUCGUCUUCAGGAGCUCGUCCUUCUGGACCAUCGCUCUCGCUUGGAAGAUCUUCAAUUUCCAUGCGAUGAUGGAUUUCAUGCUUCUGGCGAUAUUCCUGGAUCGCGUCUGGGAGUACGUUAGACUCGCAUGGUGGCAAUUACCUGCCGUUCUGUUUCUGCUUAUUCUGAUCAGCGAACUACAUUACACUAACGCAUACGCUUACGUUGAAAUAUCAUCGAUGAGAGAGAGUUUGCGAUUCCUCUCAUUGUAUACUCUUCCCGAUCCAUGACAGUCUAUUUCUCAUUACUAUAAGCGUUUUCCGCUUUUAUAUAUCUAAUCGUAAUUAUGUAAUUCAAGAGCUUAUUUUU